AUGGCCAUGGAGCGUGCGUCGUUGGCCGCCGGCGCCAUGGCCUCCCUGGCGGCGAAGCUCAACUCCAUCAUCAUGCCAAGGUACGAGCUGAUGGCCGGCGCGAGGGCCGACGCCCUCUUCCUCCGCGCCGAGCUCGGGAGCAUGCACGCCUUCCUGGAGCGGCUCUCCGCGGCGCCCGGCCCGGACGCGCAGGCCAGGGCCUGGGCCAGGGAGGUCAGGGAGCUCGCCCACGACGUCGAGGACGCCGUGGACGAGUUCACGCACCGUGUCGACGCUGCCCCUCCUCCUAACGACAACCAUGGGCAUGGGCGGCCGGGUACCCUCCAAGGGUUCGUGAGCCGCGUCGCACGGCUCGCGAGCGCGGCGUGGACGCGCCUCCGUCUCGCCAACGAGCUCAAGGGCCUCAAAGCCCGCGCCGCCGAGGUGAGCGAGCGGCGGUCGAGGUACAAGUACGGCGAGGACAUCGAUGCCCCGUCCGGAGACCGUGCGGCCGCCGCCGAUCCCCGGAUCAAUGCCCUCUACGCCGACGCGCCGGACUUGGUCGGCGUCGGCGGCCCCGUGGGUGACAUCGCGGGGUGGGUGAUGGGUGGAGCCGCCACGGCCACCACCCUCAAGGUGCUCUCGAUCGUCGGGCCUGGCGGCCUCGGCAAGACGACGCUCGCCAUGGAGGUGUUCCGGAGGGUUGGGGGGCAGUUCGGUUGCCGCGCCUUCGCGCCGGUGUCGCAGAAGCUGGACAUGAAGAAGCUCUUGAAGGACUUGCUCUCGCAGGUCGCGCAUGGCGGGGCUGACGGUGUGGACACAUGGGAGGAAGGCCAACUCAUCCGCAAGCUGAGGGAAUGCUUGAUUAAUAGAAGGUACCUCAUUAUAAUAGACGAUGUUUGGAGCAAAUUAGCAUGGGAAAAAGUGAGAUGUGCUAUACCUCAGAAUAACCACGGCAGCAGGCUCCUAAUAACAACACGAAUUGAGUCGGUAGCAAAGUCAUGUUGCUCUGACCCUGAUGAUCGUAUAUACAGAAUUGAACCACUCAAUGAAUCUGAUUCAAGGGUACUGUUUUUCAAGAGAAUAUUUGGCGACAAGGAAGGUUGCCCUCCACAAUUAAAGGAAGUUUCUAAUCAGAUCCUGAAGAAAUGUUGUGGCUCACCAUUAGCAAUAAUCAGCAUCGCUAGUUUGUUAGCCAGCAAGCCUGUCAUGUUGAAGGAACAAUGGGAGAAAUUGCUGAUCUCUAUAGGUUCUGCUUUAGAAAAGAAUCCUGAUCUAGAAGGCAUGAAGCAAAUACUUUCCCUCAGCUACUAUGACCUUCCCUACCACCUGAAAAUAUGUUUGCUGUACCUCAGUCUAUAUCCUGAGGACUUCAAGAUUGAAAGGGAUAGCCUGAUUCAGCAAUGGAUCGCAGAAGGAUUUGUUGGUGUAGAAAGAUGUCUAAGUUUGGAGGAUGUUGCAGAAGGCUACUUCAAUGAACUCAUCAAUAGAAGCAUGGUCCAACCAAUGGAUAUAAAAAGUGAUGGUAGGGCCCAUGCUUGCAGGGUUCAUGAUGUUAUGCUUGAGCUUAUAGUAUCAAAGGCAAUUGAAGAGAAUUUUGUCACUUUGAUUGGUGGUCAUCCAGUUCCAACGUCAUUUGUACAAGGCAAUGUUCGCCGAUUAUCUAUCCAGUGUGAUUCAGAAAUUCCCAAAAUACAAGGGGGGAUGAACUUGUAUCAUGUUAGAACACUAACCUCAUUUGCUCAGGCCAGCCUUGUACCUCCUUUAUCUGAGUUUAGAGUCCUGCGAGUAUUAAAUCUUGAGGGAUGCCAAGGAUUCAGUGAAAAUUCUCUGAAAGAGAUCAGCAAUUUGUUUCAGUUGAAAUAUCUCAGCCUUCAGGGAACAUGGAUUUCAAACCUCCUACCGCAAAUAGGAGACCUGCAAACUUUGGAAACAUUAGACAUAAGAGAUACAAAUAUAGAAGAGUUACCUGGAACAAUAACUGGGCUUGACCAACUGAAGUAUAUACUCAGUGGUGGCUACGCGUGGGGAAAAGUAAAGGUCCCAGAAGGUAUUGGGAGAAUGACAUCCCUAAGAGCUAUAUCAGGUCUUGACAUUUGUCGCAGUUCAGCAAGUGCAGUACAGGAACUUGGUAAUCUGAAAAGUUUGAUGGAACUUGCAAUCAAUUGGACAGAUUUUACUUCUGGAAAUGUGAAGCACCAAGAGGCUAUGAUGACAACUCUAGGAAAACUGGGCACAAACAACCUUCAAUCCUUUGCAAUCUGCAGUCGAAACUUAAAUUCCCUUGAGUUCCUGGAUUCUUGGUCACCACCACCCAGUCGCCUUCAGAAGUUCCGACUGUCAGCAUAUUACUUCCUUCCAAGAGUACCAAGGUGGAUGGCACCACUCUACAACCUCAUUGAUUUAAACAUUAACAUUGCAGAACUAACAGAUGAAGAGAUACUGAUACUCAGAGAGUUGCCUUCUCUACUUUAUCUCGACUUAUGGUUGAAGUCGCCCCAGAAAGAUGAUACAAUUGUCAUUCAUGGAGUAGGAUUUCCAUACUUGAAAGAGCUCCUCUUCAGUUGUGAAGGAACAUGCUUGAUGUUUGAACCAGCAGCUAUGCCAAAGCUGGAGAGGUUAUCCACAACAGUCAAUGUAAUCAGAGCAAAAGCAUACAGUCUGCAAUUUGGCAUCGAGCACCUGAAAUCUCUCAAGCAAAUCAACAUCCAAGUUUUAUGUUAUGGCGCAAGUGCAUCUGAUAUCAAGCAUGUUGAACAAGCAAUUUCUACUACUGUGAGGUAUCAUCCUAACCAUCCUAGGAUGAACAUCGAAAAACGUGGUGUGGACUUGAACCUAGAGGAGAGAAACAAGAGAGAACAUUCUGAAAACAAGAAUAUGGAAAAACAUGCUAGUAAAGAGGAUAUCAAUCAUACAAACAAGAAGAGAAGGAAACUACAGAUUGAAGAACAUCAUUCGUCAAGUGCAUGAUGAUUUCUCAGCAACUGUAAAUUUGAAUGAAA